CCCGCGCCGGCCGGCGCCGCGCGGCCUACGCGUGCCGUCGCGCGCAAAGCCUGGGCGCCGCGUCCGCCUGUCCGUGGGGAUUGCGCCGGUGCCGGGCGAGGUGAGGAGGAGGCGGCGGCCGGCCCGAGGAGGAGGGAGGGGACGGAGCGUGACAGCCCUGGGCGCCGCCCCCUCGGCGCGGCAGGUCCGCGGCCCGGCCACCCGGAGGCUCUGGGGUCGGGCCUCGCGGACGGCGGCGCGCGUGCUCCUCCGUGGAGAGAGCGGAGCCAUCUGGACAGACGGCGCCCUCGGGAUCCCCUGAAGGGCAGGAAGGGGGGCAGGACGGGGACAGCGAGCCCCCGAGGUGGACCCGCGCGUGUCUCUUUUAGUCAGAAAUCGUCCUCGGAGAAGAUGGAAGGGGAGAAGCGGCCGGCGCCCUACGAGGGCCUGUUUGCGGACGGGCACCUGGUCCUGUGGACGCUGUGCUCGGUGCUGCUGCCGGUGUUCAUCACCUUCUGGUGCAGCCUCCAGCGGUCGCGCCGGCAGCUGCACCGCAGGGACAUCUUCCGCAAGAGCAAGCACGGGUGGCGCGACACGGACCUGUUCAGCCAUCCCACGUACUGCUGCGUGUGCGCGCAGCACAUCCUUCAGGGCGCCUUCUGCGACUGCUGCGGGCUGCGCGUGGACGAGGCCUGCCUCAAGAAGGCCGACAAGCGCUUCCACUGCAAAGAGAUCAUGCUCAAGAAUGACAGCAAGGACCUGGACGCCAUGCACCACCACUGGAUCCGGGGCAACGUCCCCCUGUGCAGUUACUGUGUGGUUUGCAAGCAGCAGUGCGGCAGUCAACCCAAGCUCUGCGAUUACAGGUGCAUUUGGUGUCAGAAAACAGUACAUGAUGAAUGUAUGAAAAAUAGCUUAAAGAAUGAAAAGUGUGAUUUUGGAGAAUUCAGAAACCUCAUCAUUCCACCAAGUUAUUUAACCUCCAUUAAUCAGAUGCGUAAAGACAAAAAAACAGAUUAUGCGAUGCUAGCCUCUAAGCUUGGAAAGCAGUGGACUCCAUUAAUAAUCCUGGCCAACUCUCGUAGUGGAACUAACAUGGGAGAAGGACUGCUGGGAGAAUUCAGGAUCCUCCUAAAUCCUGUCCAGGUUUUUGAUGUUACCAAAACUCCCCCUGUCAAAGCCCUGCAACUUUGUACUCUUCUUCCCUAUUACUCAGCUAGAGUGCUUGUUUGUGGAGGUGAUGGGACUGUGGGCUGGGUCCUGGAUGCAGUUGACGAAAUGAAGAUUAAGGGACAAGAGAAAUACAUUCCACAAGUUGCAGUCUUGCCUCUGGGAACAGGCAACGAUCUAUCCAAUACCUUAGGUUGGGGUACAGGUUAUGCAGGAGAGAUCCCAGUCACACAAGUCUUAAGAAACGUGAUGGAAGCAGAUGGAGUUAAACUAGAUAGAUGGAAAGUUCAAGUAACAAAUAAAGGAUACUAUAACUUGAGAAAACUCAAGGAAUUCACAAUGAACAACUAUUUUUCUGUUGGACCUGAUGCUCUUAUGGCCCUCAAUUUUCACGCUCAUCGUGAGAAGGCACCAUCUCUGUUUUCUAGCAGAAUUCUUAAUAAGGCUGUUUACUUAUUUUAUGGAACCAAAGAUUGUUUAGUGCAAGAAUGUAAAGAUUUGAAUAAAAAAGUUGAGCUAGAGUUGGAUGGUGAGCGAGUAGAACUGCCAAAUUUGGAAGGUAUUAUCGUUCUGAACAUUGGCUACUGGGGUGGUGGCUGCAGACUGUGGGAAGGGAUGGGAGAUGAGACUUACCCUCUAGCCAGGCAUGAUGAUGGUUUACUGGAAGUCGUUGGCGUAUAUGGGUCUUUCCACUGUGCUCAGAUUCAAGUGAAACUGGCGAAUCCUUUUCGGAUAGGACAAGCACAUACAGUGCGGCUGAUUUUGAAGUGCUCCAUGAUGCCGAUGCAGAUAGAUGGGGAACCGUGGGCCCAAGGGCCCUGCACUGUCACCAUAACCCACAAGACACACGCGCUGAUGUUGUAUUUCUCUGGAGAACAAACGGAUGACGACGUCUCUAGUACUUCAGAUCCGGAGGACACAAAGGAAACUGAGUAGGUGGAGGUGGAAAAGAGAACUUAGAGUAGAAUCCUCACAAAUGAGUAGAUACACAUUCAUCCAAAAUAGAACUCUGCCAGCUAGUUUAGUCUUCUUUUCAUCAGUAUUGUGAUGGGUAUACGUUUAUGUAAAUAGCAUUCCAAAAACAGCCAGACCUCUAGUUGUUACAAAUGCCUGGUCUUUUUUCAGCAAACGCUUUGAUUGCAUAGCACUAACUAAAAGUCACAGGACGGUCCGUGAUGGUUUGAGAAUGGGCUCACUGAAGUAUGCGCUCUUGUUCCUUAUUCUUGAACCACACAGUUGAUGGACACAGACAUCCAGCAAGAUGUGGGUGGAAAAAUCAUUUCCAUCUUAAUUUUUACUGUGGUGACACCGCAACAUUUUAAAAAUUACUUGCUUUUUUGAAAGGAGAUGGUUGGUGUCAAACAGGCAUGGUUCCUGCUGGGCAUCCUCCUGCAGCCCAGCACCUAUUUCCAGGAAACCCCAAAAGGAGAAAGGUAAAAGGAAGACAACGCUCAGAUUUUUUAUUUUAAAUUCUAUUUUAGGAGCAUUCUCAGACCCCUAAUGUUGUUUGCUUAAUUCUGUUAGUGACCAAGUUGAGCUGAAAUUCAGCAUCUUGUUUAUAUCCCAGUAUAGCCAAAAGGGAACCACCUAGGUGACUUGUAAAAAUUAACAUUCAGAGUACUUUGGAUUGAAAGUUACAGGUUUUGGAACUUCCCUGGUGGUCCAGCAGUUAAGACUCCACGCUUCGGUUGCAGGGGGAUCAGCCAAAAAAAAAAGUUACAGGUUUUGAGCUGGAUGGUUCACCAGCUUCUCUUUUGAUUAAAAGACAGUGUCGACAAUUCAAAAAAAAUGUACUAAAGCAAAUUUACCAGUCAGAUUAAUUGCCCCCAAAAAAGUUCAGUGUUGAUUGAUAAGUUUUAAAAAUUUAGUGGUCUUGUAGUAUUUUGAAAUACAAUAGUCUUUUAUAUCCAAAAUACUUAACAGAAUUUCCCCUUGGGGAAAUGGAUAUAGAAUCCUCUGCUAAAAUGUUUAUGUCAUAUUUAUUUUUAAAUGAGAGAUAUAUUUUUUUUUACUUAUUUAUUUUCUUCAUUGUGGUAUAUCUGUGUUUAGUGUUUACAAUAUAUUGCUUUAUUUAAUAAGUUAAGUUGAUCAUAUAAAUUCUACUACUGACAAUCAGAUAGAAAUGUAGCCUAAGUAAUAAUUAAGACCCAUAAUUUAAUUCUCCUGACAGAUAUAUUAUCUAGGUAUUCUCAUUCUUCAGAAAUAUUCCGAGGGUGCCCAUCUGCUCCCUCAGGUCGUGCAGUGGGGCUGCCCCAGGGGGCCUCCCACCUGGUGUUUUUAGGACAGAUGGCCCAUUUGUGGGUUUGGUGGGCUUUUAUGACAUUACUCUCUGAAGGAUUGGAAUGUAUCCCCCCCAAACACCAUUAGCUCCCCUUAAGGGUCUGUUAUGAAUCUGUCAUUUAGUAUGAAUUGCCCAAAACUUAAAUUUCAGUCACCUUCAGGCCCAGGCCAUGUCUUGAAGGAAAAAGUAAGUAGUGUAUACAGUAGUCACAUUAUAUUAGGUUGCUUUUAUUUUGCUUAAAUUAACCUCUUCCAGAUCUCAGUGGGAGCAGCUAAAUUCUAGUUUUGUAAGGUUUUGUGAGCAGAUCUGUUUUCACCUUAUUCAAAUACCAUUCAUGGUAGGCUACCUAUUGUGGUGGUGGGAGAGUUUGUAGAUUUUCUUUCAAGGGGCUGAUCAUGUUUUGAGUAUGAUGAGCUUCAUUCUUUAAUUCAUGGUCAAAAUUGUUACAGAUUUCACAUUUUACAAAUAUACUGUUAAAUUCACUUUGCUUUAGGCUAUAUUUUAUCUAUAAUUCAUAGUGCUAAUUAUAGAAUCAAAGUAAAUAGUUAAUAUGGGAUAUCAGAAUUAAAAUAAUCAAAAUGACUGUAUAGUUUUUUUAAUUUUUAAAACUAUCCUCUAACUAUAACAUUAGAUUGGAUUUAGAACAGGUUUAUAUACAAUAGUCUCCUUUAUUUAAAAAGAUUGGUUUUUCAGUUUUCAUAAUCCAGUGAAUUUUUUUCCCUACUUGACGCUUCACAAAGUUUAUCUGUUACAUUAUUCACUCAUUCAGACUUAAUUUUUAUUUAGGAAAGUUAUUUUAGAAUACCAUAUCAUAAAACAUACUAUCUUAUUUUAGAAAAAUUUGCUAACUUUUUAGGCACAUUUACUCAGCAUUUCAAGUAAAUAUAUAGGUAUAUGCCUUGUUUUAAAUAAGUACAAUUUAUAAGACUCAUGUUUGCAAGUUAUACAUUAGGGUAGCAAUUAUUGACACUACCAGGGAUUCCAUACUUUCCAAAACAUAAUUUGCCACAGGAUUUUUCUGUUCCGUUUUAAACUGUCUUGAUUUAGAAAAAAAAAUAGUAACUUCUAAAUUCUCAGGAAUAUAUGAAGUAAAGCAUGUCUUUAUGCCUGUUUUCAGAUUUCUCUCAUCUUUUACCGUCCUAAUACAUUCCUAACUCAUCUCAAAUUUAGUAGCUUAAAUACCGAAUACCUGGCACCUCUUAGGGAUCCCAUAAGUAGAUAAUAACUUUCAGUGCUUUGUCAUGUUUAACAGAAAUCAAGACUGACUUAUGUUUUAAAAUACAAGUUGUCUAAUGGUAAGAUUACAUAAUCUUAAAUGUGUUCUAGGUUUUCUGCAACAAUUAGCUGUGAAACCUUAAUGUAGCUAGUGUUUAUAAAAUUUUAUAGUCAGAAUUAUUUAUUUUUAUUUUUUUAGGGUGUGUCAGAAACGUGUAAUAUUUGCUUUUCAAAAUGUCUGCCUAGCUACAGUUGGAAAAUAUACUGUGACUCAGAAAUUAACAGUUCUUUUUGUGCUGUAAAAAUGAAUACUACCAGCAUGUCAAAAGAAAAAUAGUGUGCAUUUGUAAUAUAAAGUAAAAUCAUAUAUAAUGUGUAUUAUGGAAUUUUAAAUUUGCACUAACUUAGAAAACUUGAAAGGUGAUGUUAAUUUACAGAUUCCAGUGGAUCUGAAUACAUAAAUUGUACUUGUUCAGCCAAAAAGGUCAGUAGAAUGGGUGAUAGCUUUGUGGGGUUUUUCCUUCAAAAUAAUAAUAUUGAAACAAGAACCAGCGCUUUAUAUUCAGACUUUUUUAAAAUUCUUCCUAAUUUGGGACAAUGGGACAUAGGUAGAUUUUUAAAAGGAAAAAAUAGUGUUGUUACUCUGUCCCAGUCUGAAUGAAGGUGUGUUCUCAGCAACAAGGCAUAAGAGGUUGUUUUGAUUUUGCUUUUUAAAAGUAUGCCCCUGCCUUUCUCAAAUUUUCCCUUGAAGGCUUAUCUCUUAUUUCUCAAAGUAUGGUCUGCAGGCUGUCUGCAGCAUCAGAAUCACCUCAGGAGCUGGGUGACAGUGUGGCUGCCUACGCCCAGCAACUGGCCCUUGACUUCAGGAAUCAGGGUCUCUGGAGAUAGGACAGCGACAUCUCUGGUUUCAUUAA